AUGGUCGUCUACUCAUUCUACAUCUUUGAUCGGCACGCGGAAUGCAUCUACAAGCGCCGCUGGCUUCCGCGCCCAGCCUCGAUCGUGGGGAAGUCCCGCUCUAACACAGUCUCCGAUGCACCGCCAACUGGACUCGGCCAGACAGUGCGAUCAACGGAUGACGAUUCCAAGCUGGUGUUUGGCACAGUCUUUUCCCUGCGAAACAUGGUGCGCAAGCUAGGAGGUGAAGAGGACAACGAAGCCGGGGCUAACUGGACUAGCUUUGUGUCGUUCACCACCAGCCAGUACAAGCUUCACUACUACGAAACGCCGACAAAUACUAAAUUCGUCAUGCUGACGGACCUUAAGAGUCCCAGCAUGCGUAUUGCGCUGCAGCAGAUAUAUAUCAAUCUGUUUGUGGAAUACGUGGUCAAGAAUCCCCUUUCUCCAACCGAGCAUCCCGGCGGCGUGGGCGUGAACAACGAACUAUUCGAGGAGUCAUUGGAGCAAUUCGUGCAGACUCGAGUUCUGUCAUGA